ACUAAAUUUGACAAUUUAAGACAUCUUUCCUAGUAAAAUCGUUUACGUGUAUUUUCAACUAAUCUGUUUUCAAUUUAACAAGAAUUUGUUGUUUUUUCUAAUAUUUUGCUGUGUACAAUGAAAGAUCACAAUACUAACAUAAUAGGAAACCCAAAUGGAUUUAUAAAAUUGGAUGGAAGUAAGAACGUUGCCUCACUAUGUUUUGACAAGAAUGAUUUCAUGAAGGGGAACUUUUCCGUUGAUGAAUUUUUACAUAAAAAUCGCAAUGCCCCAAGUUUAGAACAACUACGUGAUGAUUUGGGUAUAUAUCUAAAGGACUUACGUGCAUCAAUGAUUGACCUCAUUAAUGAGGAUUAUGCCGACUUUGUCAGUUUAUCAGCCAAUCUCGUUGGAUUAGAUCAGUCCAUUGCAAAUAUAGAAAAUCCAUUAAUUCAGUUUCGUAAGGAAAUUGAAAAUAUUCGUUCCCUUGUCAAGGAGUGUGCUACCGAGGUGUGCAACAAUUUGGAUAGAAAACGAAAGUUGCGUGAACAGAAACGUAAUUUGCAAUGCUUUCAGAAAGUCAAUGAAACAGUAAACAAGCUUGAAAGCCUAUUAGAACACCAAUUGAAAGAAAAGCUUAAGCCAAUUGAUUUGGAACGUGCAGCUUUAGAAUUGGUACAAUUACAGUUUAAUCAACAGUUUUGUUCGGAAAUUUUAAGUGAUGAACAGAGGAGAAACAUUGAAAGAUUACAAAAUGAAGUAUUAGCGAAAUUACGAAUAUUUUUUAAUGACGCACUCAAGAGUUCUACCAGUACUUGUUCAGAGCUAUUAGAGCGCUGUUUACGGAUUUACAUAACGCUUGAUGCGUGCCAUAUAGCCGAACAAGUUUUUCGUGAGGAUAUCGUAGCCCCAUAUAUGAGGAGAAAUAUUUCCGAACAUUGCUUGCAAAACUCGCCACAGGGUUUAUCGGGUAUAUAUGGGAAAAUUUUGAAUUUUAUUUCACUCCACAUGACCGACUUGCUACGAUUGACACAUUAUACCGACAAGUUGAAUGGUUUCAAUUUUUUAGUAAAUAGUUUCUGGGCUGAUGUAGAAAUGCGAUUAGAAACACAUAUGCCAUCGAUUUUCGCACCCGGUAAUUCAGAUGUUUUUUAUGUUAAAUAUAAAUGCACACGUGACUUUUUAUCAAAAAUCGAAGAGCUCCUCGCUGAUGGAGACGCUAUUAAGUAUUUCAGACAGCAGAAACAAACCAUAAGCUUCCAAUCACGUUGGAACCUGCCUGUUUAUUUCCAAAUAUGCUUUCAGGAGAUAGCUGGAGAAUUUGAGAGUACUUUAGAACCUUUGUAUUCGAGCACAUUAAUCUCUGAGGCAGGAGUUGUCGAUGAUCGCUUUAAGUUAGCCACAUUUAAUAGCGCUAACAAAGCUAUUGAACGCUGUUGGACGGAAGGUGUCUACUUAACAGAGAUAUUCCCAAAAUUCUAUAAAUUAAGUGUGCAAAUAUUACUACGCCUUUCUCGCUGGAUAUACGAUGUAAUAAAGCUUAUCAUAAAAGGGAAUUCGAAAAGUCCUAGCCAGCUGGAACAUCAUUCCCAAUUACAUAAAACCGACUUACUGAUAGCGUUAUAUGCAGAUUCUCAGAAACUUAUCGGAAAAUUGCCUCAAAUACAGCUAAAUAUAAAUAAAAAUAUACCAAAUGAAAUGCAAAAUGCAUCAUCAGUGUAUGAAGUGGUUGCCAAAUCUUUAACUGACGUGCGUGAAACAAUUGAGAGGCAUUUAACAACGAUUCAGGAUGCACUGGUAGACCUUCUUAUAUCUGAGAGUGGUCUAGAAAACGUCCGCCAAGUAAAAGAUUUGCCGCGUUUGUACCGAAAGACCAAUCGAGAUACACCUACGAGACCUUCCACAUAUGUUGAGCAAAUGCUUCGUCCAUUGAAACAAUUUCAAAAAGAGCAAAGUUCCCAAUUGGGAAAUCCGAUUGUGACCGAUAUAUUGCUGCGAGUUUGCGCAAAGAUAACCAAAGAUUACUAUGUAGCUGUUAUGGAUGUCCUCACAUCUGUCCAGAAGACAGAGGAAUCAUUACGUCGCUUGCGCAAUCUUAAAUCUGGAACUACUGCGGCACUUACAACAGGAACAACAGCGAUGUCUGAUGACGAUAAAAUACGAUUGCAACUUCAUGUUGAUGUGAUUACAUGGACUGGCGAACUGGCCAAAUUGAGUAUUAUGCCAUCUCAUAUUGAAAACUUGCUCGCGUUAAAUAAUAUUGUAGAGACAAGCUCGAAAAUGAAAGAGAAUCACGACAAUGAAUAAGAAUAGUAAACAAAUAAUUGUGUUGAUGCUAAGGAAGUAGGAAAGUAUGUAUUAUUUUGCGCGAAACAUUUUAUAAGCCACAUUUUCGGUAUUUAUAUUUUGCAAAUG